UCACCGUCUUUCGAGCAGCCAAUCAAAUUGUGUCAGAUCACCAUCCAGUUCGCGGCGGAAAUUUCGAUAGAAUUUCCGUAUUUUUCCUAGUCCUCAACAUUCUAAUCGGUGCCGACGUGACCUACCCGAUUCCGGAGGAAUUACCUUGCUGCCAGCGACCGACAAACGAAGGGUCAAGUCUGCCUGAGGGAUGAGUGACAUCGAGGCGAAGUUUUUUGUGCGGUCGUUCAUACGCUUCCUGAACGGGCAGCUGGAGCAGCCAAAUUUCAGCUCAGACUCCCGGGAGAGCCUGGAGGUGGCCAUUCAGUGCUUGGAGAAUGUUUAUGAAAUCGGACAGGAAGCGGAAGGGGACAAAAGCGACCAGGAGAACCCUCUGAACCACAUCGAUCUGUUCGAGGUGUACCGGAGCACGUUCACGAAUGUCUCGCCGGAACGGAAACAGGAAGCGGAGAACCUGAAGAAUGAAGGGAACCGGCUCAUGAAGGAGGAAAAGUACCAAGAAGCGCUCAACACGUACAGCAAAGCCAUUAACCUAGAUGCAACCAAUCCUGUGUUUUACUGCAACCGUGCCGCUGCAUACAGCCGCCUAGGGGACUACCAGAGCGCUGCUGACGAUUGCCGCAUGUCGCUGCGUUACGAUCCAAACUACAGCAAAGCUUACGGUCGUUUGGGGUUGGCUUAUUCGAAGAUGAAUAAACACGAACUGGCUUUGGAUGCGUACCAGAAUGCGCUCCGGAUCGAACCGGACAACCAGGACUACAAAAACAACAUGAGCGUUACUCAGCAGCGACUGGAAGAACUUCGAUCGGCACCGGCGGGAGGUGCAGCUGGCGCCGCAGGUUUGCCAAAUCUGGGAGCCGGAGGACUUGGUGGGAUCGACUUUGCUGCUGCUCUGAACAACCCGGCGCUAGUCAAUAUGGCCACCAGAAUGAUGAGCGAUCCGUCGAUCCAGAACAUGCUCGGUCAGCUCAGCGGCAUGAACAACGUGGACGCCCUGCUGGAGACCGGACGGCAACUGGCAAUGCAAAUGAGCAAUCAAAAUCCGGACGUCUUUGCCAACGUGAUCCGCCAGAUGGAACAAUCCGGUGUGGUGCCACCCGGUAGUACUCCCGGUGCCAAUCAGAACGGUGGUGAUGGAAACAACGACAACCCACAGCAGCCACCUCCGGCCGAUUCUUAAGCUGUUUCGAUGCAUGCAUUGGUAGAAACAGUUGUGAGUCUAACGGACGAAACCCUUCCAAUUGAAAUGAUUUAUUGCAAUUAGUCACUGCAUCUUCUAAGUGUGUGCGUUUGUAGGAGCCAAUCUAACGAUUAUUUUGAAACUGUAGGAACAAUAACUUACGACACUCGAUUGCACAUCGAAUCAUUUUUGUGUUUCCCCAGAAUACGUUUAAUUCAUCGGUGCGACUAUACCUUGUUUCAAUUUGAAAAUAUUAAUAAAAUAAAUUUAAUCCACA